AUGUCAAGCGCAGUUGAGAAUUGGCUUUCUCUCGAUUUUGAUAAGAACACCCGUAAGGAAGCCCAAGAGCUUACUCCUGAGGAGAUCGAAGAUCGCCUCAAUCCUAAUCAUCGUAUGGAAUUUGGUACCGCUGGUCUUCGUGGCGAGAUGGGAGCUGGCUUCAACCGUAUCAAUUGUUUGACUGUGAUGCAAGCUGCUCAAGGACUAUGUAUGCAAUUGAUCGAGAGGUUUGGUGAAGAUGUUCUCUCCCAGAGAGGUGUCGUCUUUGGUUAUGAUGGACGUCAUAAUUCUCGUCAAUUCGCUCAUGUUGCCUCGGCUGUCUUCAUCACGAAAGAUGCUUUGGAGUUGUUGGAUUUGGAUACCUGUUUAUUAAAGGACAAGUCCAAGACCAUCGAUCCUUACAAUGAUGCCUUGUACACCUACAUCGAUCAGAUGUAUCACGAGCUGUGCCGAUUCCCUGACCUCAACAAGGACUGCAACUUACAGUUCGUCUACACGGCUAUGCAAGGUGUUGGUCUUCCAUUCGCUACCGGUUUGAUGGACAAGUUUGGCUUCCCCAAGAAGUGUGUGUCGAUCGUGGAAGCGCAGGCUCACCCUGAUCCUGAGUUCUCCACUGUCGCCUUCCCCAACCCCGAAGAGAAGGGUGCACUCGACAUGAGCAAGCAACAAGCAAUUGAUGAGGAUGCCGAUUAUGUAUUGGCAAAUGAUCCCGAUGCUGAUCGUUUUACUUCUUGCGAGAAGCAGAAGGACGGUUCAUGGCAUCAAUUCACUGGUGAUGAGCUUGGUACCAUCUUUGGAGAUUGGCAACUGUUGAUGGCUCAUCGUCGUGGUGUCGACCCGAAGAAUUGUCUGGUCAUCAAUUCCACAGUAUCGUCUAAGAUGCUGAAGGCGUUAUCUGAUUACUACGGUGGAGUGUAUGAGGAUACUCUAACAGGUUUCAAAUGGAUGGCUAACAAGUCAUUGGAGAUGUCCGCUGAGCACUCUAAUUUGGUACACUGUACGGCUUAUGAGGAGGCACUAGGAAGUGCCCUCACGAUGAGUGUCCCUGAUAAGGAUGGUAUCAGUGCUUGCAGUGUCUGGUGUGAGAUGGCUAACUAUUGGCGUAAAGAGAAAGGUAUCACUCUUCUUGAACGACUAAAUGAACUCCGUAAGAUGGUCGGUUUCUUCGCCCAACACAACGGUUACUUCAUCUGUGAUGAUCCUAAGGUUAUGAAACAGAUGUUUGAUGAGUUCCGUAAUGAGGGUAACUACAAGGCUGAGCUCGGGUCAUCUAAGAUAGCUGAUGUUCGUGAUGUUACUCUUGGCUAUGAUUCAAGGAGGAAGGAUAAGAAGUCUACAUUACCUAUGACACCGGAUGCUCAGAUGAUUACUCUCUACUUCGAUGAUCAAGCUACUGUUACUAUCCGUGGAUCUGGUACUGAACCCAAGGUGAAGUACUACUGUGAGGCUAACGAUAAGGAGAAUAUGGAGAAGGCUCAGGAGAAGCUCGAAGUCGUCGUUAGAAAUGUCAUCGACUACUUCCUCCAACCCAAGAAGUACAAUUUGGGUUCUCGAUAA